AUGGGGUCGGGCACGGCCGUCGCCAAGUCGGCCGCCGAGAUGGUGCUCUCCGACGACAACUUCUCCACCAUCGUGUCGGCCGUCGAGGAGGGCAGGGCCAUCUACAACAACAUGAAGCAGUUCAUCCGCUACCUCAUCUCCUCCAACGUCGGGGAGGACACCACCUCCGGCUGCCCUGGAGCUCAUCUAACUCAGCAUCUCUAUUUGCUUCCCUGCAGCAUCUUCCUGACAGCCAUCCUGGGCUUGCCCGAGGCCCUCAUCCCUGUGCAGCUGCUGUGGGUGAACUUGGUGACGGAUGGGCUGCCAGCCACCGCGCUGGGCUUCAACCCCCCCGACCUGGACAUCAUGGACAAGCUGCCCCGCAACCCCAAGGAGCCCCUCAUCAGUGGGUGGCUCUUCUUCCGCUACCUGGCCAUCGGAGUGUACGUGGGCCUGGCCACGGUGGGCGCGGCGACCUGGUGGUUCCUGUACGACGCCGAGGGACCGCAGGUCUCCUUCCAUCAGCUGAGGAACUUCAUGAGGUGCACUGAGGACAAUCCCAUCUUCGAAGGAAUCAACUGUGAGAUCUUUGAGUCCAGAUACCCCACCACGAUGGCUCUGUCCGUGCUGGUGACAAUUGAAAUGUGCAAUGCCCUCAACAGUGUCUCUGAGAACCAGUCGCUGCUGCGGAUGCCACCGUGGCUCAACAUCUGGCUGCUGGGGGCCAUCAUCGUGUCCAUGGCUCUGCACUUCCUCAUCCUCUACGUCAAGCCCAUGCCUCUCAUCUUCCAGGUAACCCCCCUGAGCUGGCCACAGUGGGUGGUUGUGAUGAAAAUCUCCCUGCCUGUUAUCCUGCUGGAUGAAGGACUCAAGUACCUUUCCCGCAACCACCUGGAUGGAUCUGGAGCAUGA